AUGUCGUCAUCUUCGUCUGAUGAAAAUGAUGAAAUCGAGGAGAGAUUGGAUGAUAUUAUCGAAGAUUUCAUUGACAAAAUUUACGACGAUAUAGUGGAGGCCGAACCCAUACCGCAAAGGACCCGUAGUUAUACUGAACGACACCGCGAAGGAGGACAGCACCAGCUAAGCAAUGACUACUUCAACGACGACCAUUCGAUAUAUCCGAUACAAACUUUUAGACGCCGAUUCCGCAUGAAUAAGGGAUUAUUCAUACGUAUUGUCGAUGGCCUUGAACAAUUCUUUCCAUUCUUUCAGCAAAGAAAAGAUGCAACGGGUAGGUGGGGUCUUACUGCACUACAAAAAUGUACGGCAGCAAUUCGUCUACUUGCUUAUGGAAAUUCGGCUGACACGAUUGACGAAUAUCUCCGACUUGGUGAGAGCACUGCACUUUCUUGUUUACAUCAUUUCACUGAUGGGAUAAUACAGUUAUUCGGAGAUGAGUAUCUGCGACGACCCACAGCAGAGGAUCUUCAACGACUACUCGAUAUGGGAGAGAAGCGAGGGUUUCCUGCGAUGGUCGGGAGCAUUGACUGUAUGCACUGGGAGUGGAAAAAUUGUCCAACCGCUUGGAAAGGACAGUACGCCCGUGGCCACGGAAAACCGACUAUUGUCCUAGAGGCCGUAGCUUCACAAGAUCUUUGGAUUUGA